AUGGGCAACGCGAAUGCCCCGCGUACGUCGAGUCUUUUUGGCUCGAUCAUGUCAUCAUCAACCUCAAGCACCCAACAACAGCAACAAUCAACACCAUCAUUUUCAUUUUCGGCUGCUCUCGCCAAUCCACAGCAGUCAACCGGCAGUGUGUUCGGUGCGAAGCCUGUUGUGACUGGUGCAACGUCAACAUUCGGAGGUGCACCAACGUUUGGAUCGAAACCGACAUUCGGUGCGCGUUCACCACUUGCAUCUGCGUUCUCACAGGCUGUUGGAGUUCAACCCACACAAGCGACGGUGCCUUCGAGUGGUGGAAUAUUCUCUGCAUUCGCCCACUCGGGCGUAUCGUCAGGUUUCGGUGCGUUGGCAGCCGCCAGUCAACAGCAAGGUCAGAAAAGUUCUCUGUUCGGUGGUAGUGGGUUUGGUUCACUUGUCCAGCAACAACAACAACAACAACAGAAACCAUCCGUUUUCGGCGGUUCCACCUUCGGUGCACAAGCGAACACUCAAAGGUAUCUUGUCGUGACUAGAUUCUCAAAAAUCUUUUAA